CCCAGGGGAGGGGGCGGCCGCGGCGGUCUUUUCUUCUCCCUCAAAGAUGGCGGACGAGGAGUUGGAGGCGCUGCGCAAGCAGAGGCUGGCCGAGCUGCAGGUCAAGCAAGGGGAUCCUUCCAAUGAAAUUGCACAACAAGAAUCGAAACAGAGGGAGACAGAAAUGAGAAAUAACAUUUUGGCUCAAGUUCUAGAUCAAGCAGCUCGUGCCAGAUUAAGUAAUUUAGCACUUGUAAAGCCAGAAAAGGCAAAAGCGGUUGAGAAUUAUCUUAUACAGAUGGCAAGAUUUGGACAGCUAGGUGGAAAGGUAUCAGAUCAAGGGUUGAUAGAAAUACUUGAAAAAGUAAGUCAGCAAACUGAAAAGAAAACAACAGUAAAGUUCAACAGAAGAAGAGUAUUGGAUUCUGAUGAGGAUGAUUAAUGAGCGAAAUAGAAAGAUGGUGACCAACUGCGGAUCAUCUGAAGUAUGUCAAGGAAAGUAUGCUGUACCCAACAAGCAUAGACAAAGUUUACACAUUUUUAUAUAGAUGGAAACCAAAUUAUCUGCUGUCCUGUAUAAUAAAACAAAGUGGAAUGAU